CUCCUCCCGCCUCCUCCGUCCUUCUUCUUGCUCCUCCAGCGGCUCCUUCGUGACCUCCUCCGUCCUUCUUCUUGCUCCUCCAGCGGCUCCUUCGUCCUUCUUCUUGCUCCUCCGCCGGUUCUUCUUCAUCAAAAUGGGCUUCGGUGACCUGAGAUCAGCCUCCGGCCUCAAGGUGCUCAACGACUUCCUGUCGGAGCGCAGCUACAUCGAGGGGUACGUCCCCUCUCAGGCCGACGUGGCCGUCUUCGAUGCGAUCUCGUCCCCGCCAUCAGCUGACCUGUGCCACGCCCUCCGCUGGUAUAACCACAUUAAGUCGUACCAGAGCCAGAAGAACAGUCUUCCAGGUGUGAAGAAACCUCUGGGUCAGUACGGCCCUGCAGGUGUGGCUGACACCACCUCUGGCUCCGCCCCCGCCGCUGCCUCAAAGGAGGACGAUGACGACGACAUGGACCUGUUUGGCUCUGACGAUGAGGAUGACGCCGAGGCUGCCAGGCUGAAGGAGGAGCGCCUCGCCGAGUACGCCGCCAAGAAGGCCAAGAAGCCCACCCUCAUUGCCAAAUCAUCGAUCCUAUUGGACGUCAAGCCCUGGGACGACGAGACGGACAUGGCCAAGCUGGAGGAGUGCGUCCGGAGUAUUCAGAUGGACGGGCUGGUCUGGGGACAGUCCAAACUGGUCCCGGUCGGUUACGGCAUCAAGAAGCUGCAGAUUGGCUGUGUGGUCGAAGACGACAAGGUGGGCACAGACAUCCUGGAGGAACACAUCACAGCCUUCGAGGACUACGUUCAGUCGAUGGACGUCGCUGCUUUCAACAAGAUCUGAAAGCCAACGGCACGUUUAAUAAAAAGCACUUCACCUGGAAA